AUGUUCAGAUCCGUUGGAACUCGAUUGCUCAGGAGGCAGUAUGCUAGUUCUGCGCAACAGGCUGCCAAACAGUUCACCGUGAAGCCCAAGAAGACCACCAGAAGAUGGGUGCCGAUUACAAUCUUUGGAGUCAGUUUCCUGACCGGGUGGUACGUUACAGAGCAUAUGACAUUCACAGACCUGAUGGCCUACUGGCGGUAUGACUCGCUGCCCCAGGGAUCUGAACAGGUGGAGAAAUACAAGCAGGAACUGUUCAACCGUAGCGAACAGCUGCCUGUUGUGAAGCAGCUGCAGCAAGCCGGCUACAUGGAGGUGUUUCCCGAUAGAUCCAAACAGGUGCCGCUGAUUGACAGGGCUCUGAGCACCCCAGGCGGAGUGGCAAUCCCACCAAGGUUCUUCUACGAUCCGUUGCGCAAGGAGACUGUCGGAGUGUACCACUUGGGCAUGAAGCUCACUGGGUAUCCGUUUAUUGUCCAUGGUGGGAUCCUGGCCACGGUCAUGGAGGACCUUAUGAGAGAGAGCGUCAAGUUUAUCAGGUCGAAGGCGGGAGAAAUUACCAAAGACCUGUCCAUCUCCUACAAGUUCCCGACUUUUGCUAACCAGUUUGUGGUGAUCCGGACGACCAAAGUCGAGGAAUUCGGUAAGAACGUCAAGCUGAGCGUCGAGGUCAUGGACCAGAGCGGUAACAGGCAGCUGGUCACCGGCCGGGCCACUUUCACCACUUGA